AUGGCGUCCACUCUUGGCCUGCUUGCCGUGAGCAUGGCCCUUCUCAUGCAGCCGGCGGUUGCCCAAACGUGUUUUACUGUCAAUGAUGCGAGUUUCGAAUCAACGACCAUCCCGUCCGGUACCCUUGUCACCAUGCCCAACACUGGGCCAUGGUACUACGACAACUCGGGCGAUGUAUUUUAUGUUUUCUCAUCUCUUGGCGGCAUUUCCAGUGGCGCGGAUGGCGCCAAGUUUGCGGGCUCUCUUCAGUCAGCAACCUCGCCGGUCAAUGGAUUCUCGCAGAACUUGACGGAGACUUUCGGCGAUGUGGAUGGUCUGGAAUUCACCGCGUACGUGGCUACUUCGGUCACUGGAGAGAAGAACACGAUCCUGUCUAUGGAACUGCAAACGGAAACUGGCGUGACUGUUGCUGCGCUGACUCGCAACGAUUUCCAGCUGUCAAGCUCCUGGGAGGCGGCUGUGUUGUCGUGGACCAAGCCUGCGGGCUUUGCCUACGAUUCGUCGGCCAUCCGAAUUGCCUUUCGCUUUUCUGGGGCAGAUGUCUCCAUCAUGGUGGACAAUGUCACUGUGUGCUCGGUGGAUGUGACCACCACCAGCUCUGCUGCCCCCACCACGUCUGGUCUGAGCACCGUUGUGCCUGAGCCUGGUUGCGUGGCCGUGGCCGAUGGCGACUUUAACAUCUACAACGACUUUGGCAAUGAACAACCCCUCUGGCUGGUGUCGGAUGGUUGGGAAAUGAGUGACCAGAACGCCGUCCGUUUUGCAGAGGCAGCUGACACGUACAUGGCCCCGUCUGCGGCCUCGCUCGGCAGCGGCUUCAUCUUCUCCUUUGAGAUGGGUGGCAUGAGCAACUUGAGUCAGCUCUUGCCUUUCAACUUCCGUGCUGCUGAGACUGUUUCCUUCAGUGCCCGCAUGGCUCCCAUCCCCAAUUUCGAUCACAUUGGAACCGUGCGCAUGCAGAUCUUUGCCGACGAUAACACCGAAAUUGCUGGCCUGGAUGUGGACGCCGCUUCACUUACCAACAGCAUCUUCACCACCACAGUGCUCAACUUCACCGUGCCAAUGGACGCUUCUUACACCGAUUCCGCCGUUCGCAUUGGCUUCACAUUUACCGGCACAGGCCCGUCCAUCAUCAUUGAUGACGUGACCUUUUGCUACAAUGGUGCUUACAUUGACUUUGCUCCUGAAACGACCCCCGAUACUUUCCCAAUCAGUGUCAGUGACAAUGAUUUCUCGUCGACAAGUGGAACAGGCAGCGUUGCCUAUUCCGGUGCUUGGAGCGUGGAUAGCGCUGUUCAGGUUCUGCGUGGUGAUGAUACCGUGAGCGGUGUUGCGCCCACCAGCAACACUGAGCAGUUUAUUUACACGGAAGAAUCCUCCAACACCAGUUCGGGUAUCUAUCAGAGUCUGCCUGGCACAUACGAGUCAGGCCAGACUUAUCGCUUCAGUGCUCGCGUGGGUCGGGCGCUCGGAGUCACUUAUACCAGUGUGUUCUCCCUGGAGUUCCGUGAUGAGAAUCAAAAGGUGCUUGCUGCCCGAUCAUUUUCUACGGAGGGCUUGCCCGCCAACUACUACGCCUGGCGCCACGUUGAGUUUGAGGCACCGGCUGAAUUGGAUGGAAGUGACAUGAUCGUGGGGAUCCGAUUUGGUGGUUAUGGUGCCAGCCCCGCCUUUGCCGAGGUGGCCGUUUGCCGCGAGACUGUUUCUACCACGUCAGCUCCGAGCACGAUGGCACCAACCACCACCACCGCUGAUCCUCGAUGCGCCCAGCUUGCUGAUGCCAGCUUUGAGAUGUACGACCAAGGUCCCGAGAACAUGUAUCCCACUGACGGCGCAUGGGAGGGUGUGGUCGCAACCAACAUGCGCACAAUUCGACGCUCCUCCGACCUUGGCCCUACUCGCGCCGCUGAUGGUCGCCGCUACAUGGUUUUCUAUGACGUUUCAGAGGAGAGCACGGGUAUUUACCAAGAAACUGGCCUGAUGACUCUACCCAACGAGACCUACACCUUCUCGGCUGCGUUGGGUACUUCGUCGUCGUUCUUGGGCUACAGUAGCUCGGUUGACUUGGUCAUUGCCUCUUGGAACGGCACCGCAGAAGUACCCCUUGCAUCUCGCACUGUCUAUUGGACCGAAGUUCCUGAAAACGACUUUGAGGUCUUUACCGUGUCGUACUUUUGCGAGGUGGGCACCUGCGACUAUUUUGAUGACCUGCGCGUGCGCAUUGUGGCCACAGGGUUGUAUUUGUCUCCCGCGAUUGACGAUAUCAGCUUCUGCGCAGCGGGCUUUGGCAUCACAACCACCACGACCAGCACCACGACCACCAGCACCACGACCACCUCUACAACGACCACCAGCACCACGACCACGACCGGCGCCGAUUCACUUUUUUCAGUCUUUUGCGACCACCCAUGCUAUCACUCGGCCCUCUCGUGCCUUCUGGAGGAUGAGGCUUGGAAUGGUGUUGUCAAGCGUGGCGUAACCCUGAACCCUGGGUGCCGUCUGACUGAACCCGCGGCUGGCUAUGUUUUCUCAAACAUUACUACUGUCUGGGACAGCGUGAUCAUCAAUGACGCCGGUAGCUUCACCCAGAUUGACCUCUCCAGCCUUCAGUAUGUGGGCGGAGACUUGAUCAUCCGAAACAUGGAGAAUCUCGAUACCCUCAUCGGCCAAACCAUUGAGGUUAGCGGCGAGCUCAUUGUGGAGAACAACUACGCCCUCACUGACGCCUCGGCUUUCAAGAACAUUACGGCACAUGGUGGCUGUACGUUCACCAACAAUCCCUCGUGCGCCUCUUGCACUGCCCUGCACGUGUGUGGUGAGGUCACCACGUCGACCACCACCACGUCGACCACCACCACGUCGACCACCACCACGUCGACCACCACCACGUCGACCACCACCACGUCGACCACCACCACGUCGACCACCACCACGUCGACCACCACCACGUCGACCACCACCACGUCGACCACUAGCACGACCACAACAAUGGAUCCAAACUUUUACGGCAACCUGACCUGCGCCGCGAGCUUUGAACGCCCCGUGUUGCGAGAGGCACUGUCUGGUCAGCGCUACAUCGUCGGUGGCAUCUACGUUUCAUCAGCAUGUGGCCUCCUUGAUACCACGUUGGCGGACUACACUUCCGUUGAGCGUAUUGACUUUGAUCUCUCCAUUGUCAACCAGGCCAGCUACAAGAAUUUGGCCGUCUUCAGCAGCCUGGAAUACAUCGGUGGCAGCCUGCGGCUGUCCGGGAACGCUCACAUUUCCAUGACAGGUUUCACCGCUGCCAGCCUUGUUGUGAAUGGCGAUCUUAUCAUCUCGAACAUGGGCAGUGUGACGAGCAUCACAGCACUCAACGGUAUCACUGUCAAUGGUGAGUGCUUCAUCUCAAACCUGCCCAAUUGCCCGGGAUGCACCUGCACGUCAAUCGGUCUGCCUGAGCCCUCCACUACGACUACAACCACAACCACGACGACGACGACGACGACGACCACCACCACCACCACUCUUCUCACUGCUACCGGCCCGGCUUACUGUGCGAACAUCAACAGCCAAACAGUUUUCAGCUCACUCUUGAACAACAAGCAACGCAUCCUUGAUGGUAUUUUCCUCCUGACAGGUUGCCAAGCUGGAAACUCGGUCCUCACCGUCAACAGUUUGAUUGAAUCCAUCGGUCCUAUCACGCUCGAGGGUAAUCCGAGCGUCACCUCAUUGGCUGCGUUUGGUAACUUAAUGUACACGGAGGGACUGACGAUCAGCAACAUGGACGGUCUCAUGGCGCUGACUGGCUUCGAUGGCGCCAACCUCGUGAUUGAUGGUAACUUGACCAUCACUGGCAACGAUAAUCUCGCGUCAAUUUCCGCGCUGAGUGGUGUUAACAUCACGGGAACUUGUAGCAUUAGCAACAAUCCUGCUUGCUCUGGGUGCACUUGUGCUUCGAUUGGUCUAUCGGCGUUCACCACGCCCGCGCCACCCACGACCACGACGACCACGACGACCACCACUACUACUACGACCACCGUCAACCCGGUGUUCACUGGUAGUGUCACCUGUACUACGACGGCCGACAUUAACAACACUAUUGCAACCCUGACGGGCCGCACCCGGGUGAACGGCGGCGUGUCCAUUUCAGGCACCUGCGAUCCCACUCCCGAACUCUGGGAGGUCUUGGCCAACUUGGAGCACGUUAAUACACUCUCUAUUCUUUCGACCACAGCCACUAACAUGAGCGGUUUGGUCUCCCUGACAAGCGUCAACAGUCUUACCCUUCGUGGAAACUCGGCCUUGACCUCUCUGUCUGGUCUCGAAGGUCUGAGCACUGUGAACAAUGACAUCACUAUUCGAGGCAACACGCCGCUUAGUUCACUUGAAGGUCUUGUAAAUUUGGCAAACGUGGGCAACAACAUGGAGAUUCGCGACCAGAGUCUUUUGGAGACAUUGGAAGGCUUGGAGAGCUUGACCAACGUUGGCGGCCAACUUUAUCUUCGGGACGCAGGCCUUGCUAAUUUUACUGGUCUGAGUGGCUUGACAAGCCUCCCAACGCUGAUUUUGGAGGACAUGGACCUGCUGGUCAGCGUGGCUGGUACUUCUUUGACGGUGAUUGACAGCUUUGAGAUUGCUACCGCCGCCUCUUUGAUCAACUUGGACGGUUUCGAAACAGUGACCUCAAUCACCUCGCUUAUCAUCAAUGAUGCUACCCUGUUGGAGGACCUUGAUGGCCUUGCUAACCUCGUCGCUCAGCCAGCCGAGUGUGAUGUAAAUUUGAUUGCUACGUGCACGGGCACCUACUGUUCUUGUGCUGACUUCCCGUCACCGUAAGUGGCAGAGGGUUGUCUUGAGUUUCUGAAGCUUUUGUGUAUUCACUUUUUUUCUUGGGUGUGUGAGACUUUCUAUUUGGUGCUCGAACAGUGCUCGCUUGACAAACAUGAGCUUGCACAAUCGUAUGAUGUACCACGAAUUGAAGCACUCCUGCG